UCCGCUAUAUAACUUGCGUCUACCCCUCUCCUUUUCUCCUCAAAAUUUGCUAUUAAUAAUUUCUCCAAUUCCUCUCUCUCUCUCUCUCUCUCUCUCUACAAAUUUUUUAGCUGCUCAAGGAUAUCAAAAGCAUGAGUGCAAAGAAGGUUAUCCUAAAAUUGGACUUGCAUGAUGACAAAGACAAGCAAAAGGCUAUGAAAACCGUCUCCAAGAUUCCUUGCGUCGAUUUGAUCACCAUAGACAUGAAAGACAGAAAGAUGACGGUUGUCGGAGAUAUCGACCCAAUCAACGUCGUGAACAAGCUCCGGAAGUAUUGGGCCACCGAGAUAUCCUUCGUGGGACCCGCCAAGGAGCCGGAGAAGAAGAAAGACGACCCCAACAAGAAAAAAGAUGAUGAUAAGAAAGAAGGAGGAGGAGGAGGAGGCGGCGGCGGCGAUAACAAGAAAAAAGAUAAAGAAAAUGAGCCCAAAAUGAAUUAUAACCCGUACAUGAUGCCUUAUCAUCCUCAGGUUGUGACUUACAGCCCUCACAUGAGCUAUCCUCAAAAUUUUCCUCCGCAGUACAAUCCCCCAAUGCCUGCACCUUAUUACGCUCAAGUUCAUGAGGAGAAUCCUAAUGGUUGUGUUAUUUGCUAAGUACGUAGUUGCAGUGUUGAAGAUCACUAGAUUGGUUUUGUAUAUAGUAGAGAGAUUGGUUGGGUAAUUAAUAGGGAGUUAUUCUUUUUGGCCUAGUAUAUAGAUUUUGCUAUUUUUGAUGAUAAUGAGUGUUUUUCUUUCCCCAGUUUUCAAGGAAUUGGAUUAUCACAAAGUUUACC